GUUCGCACAAUUACAUGGUAUAAAAAUAAAAGCAUCGUAAAGGCAACAAAAACCAGGCGAAAAUCGAAAUCUCUACCUGAGAAAUCCCUCUCCAGGGAAGAGGUCGAGACUUGUGAUGUCGCAAGCUCGAGUUUACGCCGACGUCAACGUUCAUCGCCCUCGAGAUUACUGGGACUACGAGUCCCUCACCGUUCAAUGGGGUGAUCAAGAUGACUACGAGGUUGUUCGUAAAGUGGGAAGGGGAAAAUAUAGUGAGGUCUUUGAAGGUAUAAAUGUCACGAACAACGAAAGGUGCAUCAUCAAAAUUCUCAAACCAGUCAAGAAGAAAAAGAUAAAGAGAGAGAUAAAGAUUCUUCAAAAUCUUUGUGGAGGUCCAAACAUUGUGAAACUGCUGGAUAUAGUUAGAGAUCAGCAUUCAAAAACCCCUAGCUUGGUUUUUGAAUAUGUGAACAGCACUGAUUUUAAAGUCUUGUACCCAACAUUGACAGAUUAUGAUAUACGCUACUAUAUAUAUGAGCUUCUCAAGGCACUAGAUUAUUGCCAUUCACAAGGGAUAAUGCAUAGAGAUGUCAAGCCUCACAAUGUUAUGAUUGAUCAUGAAUUGCGGAAACUUCGAUUGAUUGAUUGGGGACUUGCUGAAUUUUAUCACCCUGGCAAAGAAUACAAUGUCAGAGUGGCUUCAAGAUACUUUAAGGGGCCUGAACUACUUGUGGACUUGCAAGACUACGACUAUUCUCUAGACAUGUGGAGCCUUGGUUGUAUGUUUGCUGGAAUGAUUUUCCGUAAAGAACCAUUUUUCUAUGGUCAUGAUAAUCAAGAUCAGCUCGUCAAAAUAGCUAAGGUACUUGGUACAGAUGAGUUGAAUGCAUAUCUGAACAAAUAUCGUCUUGAACUGGAUCCUCAACUUGAUGCUCUUGUCGGAAGGCACAGUAGGAAACCCUGGUCAAGAUUUGUCAAUUCAGACAAUCAGCAUCUAGUUUCGCCAGAGGCCAUUGAUUUUCUUGACAAGCUUCUCCGUUAUGAUCAUCAAGACAGGCUUACAGCCAAAGAAGCAAUGGCUCAUCCAUACUUUAACCAAGUCAGGGCUGCUGAAAAUAGCAGGAUGCGGAUGCAGUAGUUGGACAUUUCGUACUCGUGAAAUCAAAUGAUGUAUGAAGCCCGUCUUUAUGAAUUUGGUACUUCAGGCAAGUAUGUGCCCGACUUAAAUAGAUUUGUGAUGGAGAGAUGGGCUUUCAUUCUUUCUUGUUGACAUUCUUCGAACUCCACCACAAAAGAUUGUAUAUGACGAUACUCUGCUUCAUUAAACGUAAAUGCCUGUCUGGGACUUUGUUACUCUUAAUUGCUGUUGACGCUCGUUUUUCACUGUCAACAUGUAGUUGUUGAUGUUAUACAGUAAUAGUAAUAGUAAUGUUUGAUGGACUACCAAA